AUGCUCGAGGCUUCACGCAUCAUCACCUUUCUUGCCGUCGCGGGAGCUUUACUAUCCGGGGCUCACGCGAUCUCCGCAGUUACUCGGUCGGGCAGGUAUUUGUAUUCUGGUGGAAAUAGGUUCUACAUCAAGGGUAUAGCGUAUCAACCUCAAGGUGUUGAAGUUGCCAGUGCAAACAAUCCAUUUCUCUCCCCCUCAACUUUUGUCGACCCAUUGGCAAAUUCGACUGCAUGCGCCCGCGAUCUGCCUUAUCUGCAACAAUUGGGUGUCAAUGCUAUCCGGGUGUAUAGCGUCAACUCGUCUUUGAACCAUGAUUCCUGUAUGCAGGCAUUCAGCAAUGCAGGUAUCUACACAAUUAUCGACCUGUCGUUGCCCGUGAACGGUUCAAUAGAGAGUACUUCCCCCGCCUGGACCACCAAUCUCCUCGGGCUGUAUGUCGACACCAUCGACGCAUUCUCUAAAUAUGAUAACGUGCUAGCUUACAACGUCGGAAACGAGGUCAUCACAUCUGCUGCUACGUCAAAUGCGGCUCCAUUUGUGAAGGCUGCUGCGCGUGAUAUCAAGGCAUACCUAACGUCGCAGAAAUCAUCAGUUAUGGUUGGCUAUGCUGCCAUCGAUGGGACUGCUGAUUGGCUCGAUCCCUUCGCGGAAUAUCUUUCUUGCGAUCCUUCCGGGUCCAAUUCGGCUUCCACUUCCAUCGAUCUAUUUGGCCUCAACAACUAUCAAUGGUGUGGCAACUCGAGCUUUGCAGCUGCCUAUGCAGACACGGAAGCGCAAUUCCAGAAUUAUAACGUCGCAGCUUACUUUUCUGAAUACGGUUGUGCCUCCGUCUCGCCCCGUCCCUGGACAGAGGUUGGCGCGCUCUUUAGUUCCGAGAUGUCCCCUGUCUGGUCUGGUGGGCUCGCAUUCUCCUACUUCCCCGCCACCAGCGCAGCAGGAUCAUUCGGCAUGGUCACGAUCAAUGCAGAUGACACCGUCACCACCAGCCAGGACUUUACUAAUCUCAAAACUGAAUACGCUGCUGCCUCCCCACCGAACACGCCUACCCAGAGCAAUGCAGGUUCGGCAACUUACCCUUCAUGCCCUGCACAGAAUGCGACGUUCCUAGCAUCGACAAGUUUACCUCAGACGCCCAACCUCGCGGCGUGCACGUGUUUGGAGAGUACGCUUAGCUGCAGUUUCACGCCACAGGUGUCAAAUACAUCUGCGAUCGUUGGUACGUUGCUCAAUUAUGCGUGCAGCGCACUCGGAUCAUCUGGUGGGAACUGUGAUGCGAUUGCUGCUAAUGGCACGUCCGGAACAUACGGUGUUGUAUCCGCGUGUGACCCCUCGAUCAUGCUCUCCUACGUCAUGAACGAGUACUACUACGCCAACGGCGCGAGCGCUCAGGCGUGCAGCUUUAGCGGGAACGGGACCGUCAACGCGGCUGCACCAUCAGGAACAAGUGCACAGAGCUCCGCCGCCUCAUCAUGUCUUGCGAGCGCUUCAGGGACAUUCACGCCGACGUCGUCUGGUGGAACUACGUCGUCUGGAGGCCAGUCGAGCGGUGCUGCUUCUAUUGUAGGCGACACGAGAGCGCUGGUUGGGCUGGGUGCGAUGUUGACGAUUGGAGCUGUUAGUGGGGUGUGGAUCUUGGCUUGAGCUUGAGCGUAGGCUUUUGCUUGAAGACUUGGUGAGUUUUGGCAUGGACAAUGCGAACGAUGGACGAUAUGAAGAUAAAAAUGGGAUACUAUCUUUGGGACAUUUACUAAUGUGUAACGACUUUACUGAUACUAAUGACAUUUAUACUGUGAUUAUCACUCAAUGAUCUUGUAGGGCGGCAGCAUAGAUGCAUAUGCCAUCAUUGGCUUGUGUAUGCGUGCACUGUCAGUGAAGCUAUUAGAGUUUUGUGUUUGUUUAGUUAGCCAUUUCAUCUUUGUACUGUAUUUGUAUGAUCAUCAG